AGACCGUUUCCCUCAAGCAGGUCGAGGUGGGAAUAAAAGACCGGGGCAAAGUUUAGUGAGCUCAGGGGGAGAAAAGUUUAGACACUCAUCCGUCCAUAGAUGACACAGAAGGGGCCGUAGACGCACCGAGAAGCAGUCUGGGAAAGUUACGGAUGCAAGCGAGACGCUGAUAUUUCCCCCCAGGACUCUAUUAAAUUUAAAAUACUGCGAAAAGGAAGACGCAUCUGAAGCCAUGAAGAAAUCCUCCUAUCCAGUGCGAUCAGUCAGCGCUCGAACAAGAAGAACAGAAAGGGAAGUAUCCGGCAUCACCAGUCCCACGCUGAAACGGUCGUUUGAGGUGGAGGACACGGAUACAACCACACACCCCUCACCUCUGUCUCGCCGCACCACCAACCCCCUCCGUUCUUCCACGUCCUCCUCAACCAGCCAGCGGAGCUACGACCUGAGCUCGCGCAACUCGGACUACUCCUCGUCCUCCAGGUCCACUGCAUCCGACUCCUCCAACAUCCGAUCGCCGAAGGCGGGCAUGAGGCGCGUUGAGCUAUCAGGAGGGCGAAACCCUGACGCGGCCGCUGCCCGCCGGGCGGAGAUUUCCAUCGAGGUCUCCUCCAAACAGGUCGACAGCUCGCCCAGUGCCGGCAUCGCCCGCUUCGGCCUGAAGCGGCCAGAGGUGAGUCUGAGCAGCCGGAGCAAUGCCCUGGACGGCGCCCCGAACUCCAUCUCCGGCAUCACAAACCGACGGGCGGAACUCAGCAUGACUCGGUCUCAGGAGCCCCCUGCCCCUCCCAGGAGGAUGGACACCCAGCUGUCGUCUACGCCGGUCUCUAGGAUCCCCGAGCCCCCCCAGAGAAGAGCCGAGCCCCCCUCUCCCAGUCUGAGCCUCAUCGACGGCGUCUCCAGGAGGCCAGAGGUUCCUGUCUUCAGACAACCGGACAGCCCAGUGUCAGGCAGCACUUUAGAGAACAACAACCACCCACCGCCUGCGCCCGCCGCUCCCCUGCCAACCCUGGCGGAGCCACGGGUGGAAAAGGUGCCGUCACCUGUCACAGAGCAGCCCACAACCCGACCGACAGACCGACCAGAGGUGUUCCCCAGCAACAGCAGCAGUGCCAUGUCUGAGGCGGUGGCGCCUGACACCAUGGUUCCCCCAGCAGCGGGCGGCCUGUACGGCGAGAAGGCCGGCGGAGCCGUGGUGGACUUCAGUUAUGUGGGCAUCGAUGCCAUUCUGGAGCAGAUGAGGAGAAAAGCCAUGAAGCAGGGCUUCGAGCUUAACAUCAUGGUUGUAGGACAGAGUGGCCUUGGAAAGUCAACUCUGAUGAACACCCUGUUCAAGUCUAAAGUCAGCAGGAAGUCUGUCCUGGGCACAGGCCAGGAGAAGAUCCCCAAAACUAUCGAAAUUAAGUCCAUCAGUCAUGACAUUGAGGAGAAAGGAGUGAGAAUGAAGCUGACCGUCAUCGACACACCAGGAUUUGGAGACCAGAUUAACAAUGAGAACUGCUGGCAGCCCAUCAUGAAGUUUAUUAACGACCAGUAUGAAGCGUACCUGCAGGAGGAAAUCAACAUCAACAGGAAGAAAAGGAUUCCAGACUCCAGAGUCCACUGCUGCAUAUACUUCAUCCCCCCGACUGGUCACUGUCUGCGGCCUCUUGAUGUAGAGUUCAUGAGGCGUCUCAGUAAGGUGGUCAACAUCGUCCCUGUCAUUGCUAAGGCAGACACUCUCACGCUGGAGGAGAGGGACUUCUUCAAAAAGAAGAUCAGGGAAGAGCUGCGAGCCAAUGGGAUUGAUGUCUACCCUCAGAAGGAAUUUGAUGAGGAUGCCGAGGACAGAAUGAUUAAUGAAAAAAUCAGGGAGAUGAUCCCCUUUGCAGUAGUGGGCAGCGAUCAGGAGUACCAGGUGAACGGCAGGAGGUUGCUGGGGAGGAAGACCAAGUGGGGCACUAUUGAAGUUGAGAACAUCGCCCACUGUGAGUUUGCCUACUUAAGAGACCUUCUUAUAAGGACCCACAUGCAGAACAUCAAGGACAUCACCAGCAGCAUCCAUUACGAAAUGUACCGCGUGAGGCGCCUCAAUGAGAACAACACGGCUGUGGCUCAUGCCAACGGCGUCCCCGAGCAUCACCUGACCGCCCACGAGAUGUAGGCGCCACCUGUCCCCGUCUGCAGCCUAAUGCCCGAGCUAUGAGACUUUUUAAUCCCCCCCCCCCACUCCAUGCCUCCACUCCAGCCCCGAUCUCACAGGUGGGGUAAAAAAAAAAACUCUAAAGCCUGCCAGAGGGACUUUGUCGCCUGCAGCUUAAAGGGCUCCAUGUCAGUUUAUUUCGUUUUUUUCCCCCAAACUUUAUCUUUAUUGAUGACAAAACGGAGAAGAAAGGGUUCUGCCUUCAAGCAGCUUUGUUUAUAUAGCCGCCUCCUGUCUUACACAUUUUACAGUUAAUAUUUUUGGUGCCAAACCGAUCAGAUUCGUCUGUUUUGCUUUAAUCAGUUAAACACGUUGACGUUUUGUUUCUGUGGUAGAGAUUUGUGCCGCAUUAAAAGCAAAGUGUUUCGUCCCGGAACACACACACUACACUAAUAUGCAUGAAAACCGACGAUCGUGUUUUAAUGUUAUCGCUGCAUGAUCGGAGCAUGUUGGAAGAGGGCGGGGUAGUUCUCUCCCAACGUGACUGAC